AUGAGAAAACCACCUGCAAUUGAUAGCAACGAACUUCUAAAACAGCUGAGAGAAAAUGGAAUCACGCCACAGACAAGACCGCUUGUCAGCACUUUGCUCAUUAACGGACCCCCACAUGUGGAGCGAAAGAUGGUAAUAAUUACUUAAGAUAUGACUUGAAAUCACAGGGGCUGGUUUACAAUUGAGAGAAAAUCCUAUUUAUUACUCAACGCUAAUUUCUACCAAAAUUAGCAUUGAAACCUCUGUGACUAGGCAAAUUGAUAGAGAUUUACAUAGGACCUUUCCAAAUGAAAAUUUUUUUGAUAGGAAAACUCAUAUGACGGCUUUGAGAAAUGUUCUUGUGGCGUACUCAUGAAGAAACCCCAGUGUAGGAUACUGCCAAGGACUAAAUUUUAUUGUAGGGAGACUGAUGACUAUUGGGUUUUCUGAAGAAGUAAGAUCUAUUUAGGAAAGCUUUUGGAUGCUUUCACAGAUUGUUGAAACUUAUUUGCCUUUGGACUAUUUUUCUAUCAUGACUGGAGUCAUUGUUGACCAAAAAGUUUUUGGAUUUUUACUGCAGAAAAAACUAGGCAGGAUCGCUAACUCCCCCCCCCCCCCCCUCCGUGAGCGAACAAAACCAUUAGAAAAAUCGCCAUUUUUUGACUAAAAACCCACCCUCCGUGAGUGAACAAAAAUUUUUUUAAUAGAAAAAAUUUUAAUGGAAAAAAAUUUUGAUAUAUAUAAGUGAUAAUUAGUAUAAUGAAAUCUAGAGCUAAUUCUGUUUAAUUUUAAACAAAUUGCGUUUUAAAACAUAAAUUUUGCAAAUUAAAUUAAUAUUUGCUUCCCAAUUUUUGCAAAUUAGGAUUUUUUUAAAUUUCGAAAAAAAUAUUUUUUUAUAAAAUUUAUAUAUAUAAAUUUAUUUUAAAAAAAAAAAUUAACCCCCCUCCGUGAGCGAACAAAAUUUUUUUGUUCGCUCACGGAGGGGGGGGGGGAGUAAGCAUCUUGAUAGGCUUGAAAUUGACCCUUCUUUAUACACAGUACAGUGGCUGGUGUGUAUGUUCGCUUAUAGUUUUCCUAAAGCUGUUGUCAUGAGGGUUUGGGAUUUAUUUUUUGUUGACUCCCCCCCCCCCCCUCCGUGAGCGAACAAAACCAUUAGAAAAAUCGCCAUUUUUUGACUAAAAACCCACCCUCCGUGAGUGAACAAAAAUUUUUUUAAUAGAAAAAAUUUUAAUGGAAAAAAAUUUUGAUAUAUAAGUGAUAAUUAGUAUAAUGAAAUCUAGAGCUAAUUCUGUUUAAUUUUAAACAAAUUGCGUUUUAAAACAUAAAUUUUGCAAAUUAAAUUAAUAUUUGCUUCCCAAUUUUUGCAAAUUAGGAUUUUUUUAAAUUUUCGAAAAAAAUAUAUUUUUUUUUUAAAAAUUUAUAUAUAAAUUUAUUUUAAAAAAAAAAAUUAACCCCCCUCCGUGAGCGAACAAAAUUUUUUUGUUCGCUCACGGAGGGGGGGGGGGGGGAGGAGUGAGGGCUCUACCUUUCUUUUUAAAUGUGCAUUGGGACUUUUGUGGCUAUUUAGGAAAGAAAUCGUAAAAAUCAAGGAUUUUAAUGAUGCUUUUACCUAUAUGGAAAAUAAUUCAAGGAAAAUUGUGAACCCAGCACUGGUAUUGGAAGCUGCCAACAAAAGAAUGUUCCGGUUUAAAGGCGGAAUGAUCUCUGAUUUAAGGGCAAAGUUCAGAGAAGUCGUGGACAAAGAAAUAGACAGUCAUUAUGAUGAUAUUGUGCCUGUAGAACAGUUGUUAAAAACGAUAACUGAUUAUUGUGCUAACGAAAACGAAUGCAAACAAAAAACGAGAAGGACUUCUUCAUAUUUUACCUUCAAUUUGCCGAAUGGAGUUUUUAUUAUUGACAAUUAUGUUGAUGAUGACUGUGUGCCUAAGAAAUUUGACACCACAAACUUAAGGCUGUCCCAAGACAAGCUGAUUUUAGGCAGCAAAAACCAUGUAUGCUCCCAAGACAAAGCUGGAGACAAGGUUAAUGCAUACACUGAGAAAGAAGACCUCGAAGAGUUCUUAAAUACAAAUCUGCAGACCAAGAAAAUGAGACAUGCAAGAUUCAGCUUGAUACGCUCAUUUUCUUAUACAGCAGAUACUGUGCUUUUAGAAGAUAAUAAAGAAAAUGCUUAA